UACUUUCGUUUUGAAAAGUUUCUCGGAAAAAUGGCAACAGCAAGCCAUUACGACGCUAACGUUGAUUUUACGGUAUGUCCUGUUUGUUUAGACAAGUUUCAGACUCCGAGGUCCUUGCCAUGUUCCCAUACGUUUUGUCAUCGUUGUUUAUCAGCCCACAUCGAGUCUUCAUGCCAGGACUCUGACCCAGCCUUUGGAUUUCCAUGUCCAGUGUGUCGUGAGUUUGUACCAGCACCCGGAAUUGUUCGCCAAUAUCCAACUCAAGGUUGGGCAAGCCGAUUCCCGGAGAACUCUUUCCUAAGUUCCUGUAUACGUAAGCAAAUAUCACCGAGUAACAUUUCCUGUGAACCUUGUGAAAUACUGGAUAAACAUGGUGUUAGAGCAGAUAGUUGGUGUGUAGAAUGCGAAGACUCAAUUUGUGAGAAAUGUGUUCAAAGGCACAAAAUGUUCAAAUCAUUGCAGGCUCACCAGAUAUUACCAAUGGCAAACUUUGGAACAGAAUUAGUUAAAUCUUUAGAAAAAUCGCGGGAAACUUUUAUAGGGCGUUGUGAAAAACAUGAAGAGAGAAAUAUUGAGCUAGUUUGCGAUAUUCAUCAAGUAGCGUGCUGUUCUCUCUGUAUCGUCAACGAACACAGACAAUGUGAAACGUUUUCAACAUUUUCAGAAGCUGCUGAAAAGGGUUCAGAUGAAACAAAAUUGAGACUUGUUCAAGGCAUUAAACAUAUUUUGUCGAAGGUUGAGAUAAUUAUCCAAAAAGAAAAACAGAAUAUUUCUGAUGUAGAUGACAAAACGGACACUUACUCCGAGAAAAUCAAGAAUAUGAUUGAAGAAAUGGUUGUUGGAUUGAGAAACCUGGAGGAGACAUAUUUGAAUCAAUUGGCCGAGGUUUCGAAGGAUGCAAGACAAAAGCUGGAGGGGUCAAUUAGGUCACUUGAACAAAGGAAGAUGUACCUUGCACAUUGGUUAGAUGUCAUAUCAACAGAUGCACCUACUCAAACUAAAGAGGAACUUGUCACAAAGUGUUUGAAUGCUAAACAAGUAUUGAAAGCAGUCAAUCGUUUACCUUUGAUUCAAAUGAACCUGGACAUUAGUGCCGAAGUAAGCAAACUUAAUUCCUUGGGUACAUUAUUCAGUGCUAAAACAAUUGAAAGCGAUAUCGAUUAUAAUGACAUUCAGCAGGCCAUGUUUGUAAAAAUUGCUGAGUUCCCUAUUCCAGGUUGUGAAAUAUAUGGCGGCGGAUUUCUUCCAAAUGGUCAGUUGUUGCUGUGUGAUAAUUCCACAGAGAAAUGUAUAGUAUGUAAUGAGGAUGGAUCGAUCGUACAGGAAAUAACUCUUCCUGGUAAACCAUGGGAUGCAUACUUCGAAUCUGAUGGACGUACACUUGUUACAAUUCCUGGUAAAGAGACAGUAGUAGUUUUGCAGGAAAACACACUAGCUAUAGAGAAAUUAAUUGAUGUAUCAUGUAAAUGUAGAGGGAUUGCAAAAAGACAAAACAGGUAUUUGAUUGCCACCAGGGAUUCCAUUGAGGAAUUCAGCCCUGAUUUUACCCAUCUUGAAUCUCGGUUAAAAGAUAUCACAGAUGACAUAGCUGUUGACGGUGAUGGCUGCGUAGUUUUUGGACACUAUGGCAAUGCAAUGUUAACUAAAGAGAAUCCGGACCGAAAUUACAAAGUGAUGUUUACUUACAAAAACAAAAACCUGAAGAGUCUAUAUGGCCUAGCUAUCGACAACAAUGGCUUUAUAUUUGUUAACGACAAAGAAAGUGGAAACAUUCAUGUUCUAUCGGAAGAUGGACAACUUUUAAAACUAUUAGAUGUUGAUUCACCAAUAUGUAUAAAGUUUGAGAAAAACAGUCAAAAGUUUUUUGUCGCCAACGAAAAAGGCACUGUGAAGAUUUUCGAAGCCACGUGGUAGAUAAAUCUGAUGAUUUGAAUAAAAAAUCUCAUGAUA